GAGAGCUUCUGUCACGAGUGGUUCGAUAACUUGCGCUGAUUCAAGAAAAAAAGAAUCGUGAUCCACCAGCAUCAGCAAUACCUUUCAUAAUUUCAGCAUCGAAAUCAGCGCCGAUGCCAAAUGAAUCUGUGAUGAUACCGUUGUUGUUAUACUUAGCAACAAGACUUGUCAACUCGGCUCGUGUUCUCAAUCCAACGUUGCUUUAG